UUAUAUUAUUCAGAAUGUGAAUAAUAAUGAUGAAUUUCAUCAUAUGGGGUUCACUUCACAGAGACAUGCUAGUGAGAUUAUUACCCGCCCAGAACGAGGCGUGUAGAGUUCUGAACACCCCCAUGGAGGAAAUCACGUAUAAUGGGCGCCAAAUUUUGUAUUUUUUUUUUGUUGUUGUUGCAUUUAACAGUUAACGUUACUAGGGUGGUGAGGAGUUACAAGAGUCUGUGAGGGCAGAAGUCUGAGCGCCUGUGUGUUCAGCGUUUAGGAGACAGAAGAGCAAGAUGAAAUGUGCAUCAGAUGAUCGAGGCCUUGUGGCCAUCAUCCUGUUCAUUCUGGGAAUGGAAACGCUUCUUCCGUGGAAUUUCUUUGUGACUGCCUUUGAUUAUUUUAAUGACCGGCUAAACACAACAACAGUGGGCAAUGUCUCUCAACCUGGCCAGACUGAUAAAUACAUGUUCAACAACAUGUGUGCGCUGAUUUCUCAGCUACCUUUGCUGAUGUUCACCCUCCUGAACUCUUUUCUCUACCAGCAUAUUGCGGAGAGGAUACGGAUAAUGGGCAGCAUGGUCUUUAUAUUACUGCUCUUCAUCCUCACUGCAGCUUUGGUAAAGGUGACGAUGGAACAAGACAUUUUCUACAACAUCACCAUGACAACCAUUUGGUUCAUGAACAUGUUUAGUGCAGUGCUGCAGGGCAGUCUGUUUGGUCUGGUUGGGAAGCUCCCUCAGAAGUAUAGCUCCUUUUUUAUGAGUGGCCAGGCUGUGGCCGGUAUCUUCUCUGCUGUGGCUAUGUUGAUCUCAAAGAUAUCUAAAGCAGACAAUGAGAAUGCUGCUCUGGGCUACUUUUUGACUCCUUGUGUGGCCACUUUACUCGCACUGUGCUGUUACUUAUUUCUUCCUCACCUGAAAUUUGCUCGUCUUUAUUUAGAAGAUGGACCUAGUAACCGAACAGAGAGUGUCACCUUGGUGAAAGUCAAACUCAGUGAGCCUGCCUACUAUCCAGAGUCCAAUGGACAGAGCCUGUUAACUGGCCCUGAAUCUAAAGGCUUCAAGACUACUGAUAUAGAAGAGAAGCGGGAAGAGCAGUAUGAAGAGAAAUUACCUGUGCUGUCAGUCUUAAAAAAGAUUUGGGUUAUGGCCUUGUGUGUGACGUGUGUGUUCAUGGUCACGCUGUCGGUUUUCCCAGCGAUCACUGUGCUAGUGCAACCAGCUGCCCUGUUCACUGGGACAUGGGCUGAUAUUUUCACUGCCCUGUGCUGUUUUCUGGUCUUCAAUGUAAUGGACUGGGUUGGACGAAGUGUCACCUCAGUUGUCCAGUUUCCCUCUAAAGAAAGCUGUCUGUUCCCGAUCUUUGUGGUGGCUCGAGUGAUCUUCAUCCCUGCGCUCAUGCUGUGCAACAUUCCAGCUCGCACAUACCUGCCAGUAGUUUUCCAGCAUGAAUUUGCCUAUAUACUUCUCAUGUCGUUGUUUGCUAUGACAAAUGGGUACCUUGCCUGUCUCUGCAUGUCCUAUGCACCACAGUUGGUGAGGUCUAAAGAUGCAGAGACAGCUGGGGCUCUGAUGACCUUCUUCCUGGCUUUGGGGCUGUCCCUCGGAGCUGCACUCUCAUUUGUGCUGAAAAUGCUUUUAUAGGUGUCACUGGUGGCACCCCAGCCUGACUCAUCGCUUUUAGCACUUACUCGCUAUGACUUUAUUACCUUUUUUCUCAAACCCUGUCACCUCCUCUCUUUGGUGUAGAUUCGAACUCAUUCUUACAUUUUCAUUUAAUUCCAGUCUCCCCCCACUUUUUUGGAGACAUGCCUUGCAGUAAAGCCUGGCACAAUUGGCAGUGCCUAUAGUAAACUACUGAACUUCUGUACAGAUAACAAAUACAGACAGACAAAAAACAAUUUAAAAAACCUAAAUAAGGGAUCUAACUGUAACUGUAACUGAUAAGGGCUUGCUCUAACUAUAAGGGAUUUUUAUGUUUAAAUUUUUAAAUUAUUGAGUACCUUUUAUAUAUAAAAAGUUUAUUGCUAACUGCCUUUUUAUACUUUUGUACUUUAUAUAUUUCUAUGUUUUAAGAGUUUCCUAUUUAUUUAUUGUAAACUGAUUUUUUUUAAAUGGGUUUUAAGAUACAGAAUAGCUUAUAGAUAAAUUAAAAGCUUUGAACACCUGGUUCCUCUCUCCUGUGUAGAGUGGUCUAAGUAAUUCUCAAUAGUAAUCAAACAGUACAUAUUACUUCAGACCACUUUGGAUAAUGGUUAAUUUAUUUAGUUAUAGUGCAUGUUUUUUUAAAAAGAUAACACGCACAAUUCUCAGUGACUGUAUUUGUAUUGAUUAGGAUUAAGGCAGACUGCAUCUGCAGAGAUUAUGUAUUUGUGGUGGUCCCCUAUUAAAGGUCAUUAUGGCAGACAGCAUGGUUUGCAAAUAAAAGUUGGGUCAUUUUUAAUAUGUAUGUGUUCAGUUGACUCAACUUAAAGAACACCAAACAUCUGUUGAAAAGUCACUGUCCCAUUUUCUUAUUUACAACAGUGAUAAGGCAGCUACUCUGUAUUUUUCUCAUUUUAUUGCACUGUAUUGUAUCUGUUUGGUUGAAGAAAACUUUUUUGAAAUUUUACAAAUAAAUGUAUUUGUUUUUUCACUCA